AGCAACAGUACGGAGGAUAUCCUCCCCAGCAGCAGUAUCCGUCAGUACAUUGCCAUGACCUAUGGCUGCGCCGAGUGACUGACACAGAGCAGCCCUCAACAGCAAGGCUACGGUCAGCCUCAGUACGGAGGAUAUGGUGCUCCUCCACCGCAACCACAAUACGGCGGAUACCAGCAACCUCCUCCGCAACAACCGCAGUACGGAGGCUACUCGCAGCCGCCCGCUCAGCACUACGCUCCCCAACCACAAUUGCCCAGCGGCCAGAAUGUCUACCAACAACACAACGUCCGUCAAGGCGCUCCUCCACCCCCGCCCCAGGGCAUGCAAAACUUUGGUCACGGCGCUCCCAAUGGCUACUCGUUCCAAUACUCAAACUGUACCGGCAAGCGCAAGGCUUUGCUGAUCGGUAUCAACUACUUUGGCCAGAAAGGUCAGCUCCGAGGUUGCAUCAACGAUGUUAAGAACAUGUCCAACUACCUCAUGGAGGCCUUCGGUUACAAGCGCGAGGAUAUGGUCACCUUGACCGACGACCAGCAGAACCCUAUGAGCCAGCCUACAAAACAGAACAUCCUGCGCGCAAUGCACUGGCUUGUUAAGGACGCCCAGCCCAAUGACUCGCUCUUCUUCCACUACUCCGGUCACGGUGGUCAAACAGAAGAUAUCGACGGUGACGAGGAAGACGGCUAUGACGAGGUCAUCUACCCUGUCGACUUCCGUCAAGCGGGCCAUAUUGUUGAUGAUGAGAUGCACUUCAUCAUGGUCAAGAAUCUCGUUCCCGGUGUGCGUCUGACCGCUAUCUUCGACUCGUGUCACUCGGGCUCUGCUCUGGACCUUCCAUACAUCUACUCCACGCAGGGUGUACUCAAGGAGCCCAACCUUGCAAAAGAAGCCGGCCAAGGCCUUUUGGGCAUUGUUAGCAGCUAUGCUCGUGGUGACCUUGGCGGCAUGGCUAGCACUGCUAUGGGCUUGUUUAAGAAGGUCACCAAGGGCAAUGACAGCUACGAAGCCAACAAACGCACAAAGACUUCUCCAGGAGAUGUCAUCAUGUGGAGUGGCAGCAAGGAUGACCAGACCUCGGCAGAUGCCUCCAUUGCUGGCCAAGCGACUGGUGCCAUGUCUUGGGCCUUUAUCGGUGCUUUGAGGAAGAACCCUCAACAGAGUUACGUCCAGCUGCUCAACAGUAUUCGUGACGAGCUUCAAGGCAAAUACUCUCAGAAGCCUCAACUGAGUGCCAGUCAUCCCAUUGAUACGAACCUGCUUUAUGUCAUGUAAACGAUGAUGCUCCGCACACUACCUUUUAAUGAGACCUGGAUGUUUUUCUUUUGAGCAAGUCUGAUCGUAGACGGCACUUUGAUUUCUUGUGCAUAAGGAUUUAUUUUUCCUGUCCAACCUUGCUUCCUGGUUCGGCGUUUGAGCGCCGGUGGGGUUAUGAUCAUACCUAAAAAAUGAAAUGUUACUAGCACUCCUCAUGAAUUUUGUCAGUCAGAGACCCUGCCAAGC